AGACGCUGAAUAUUUUAUAAAAAAUUAAAAAGAAUACACACGUUUAUUUGUAAAAAUGUUAGAUGAAACGUUUAUAUUUUGAAGGCUUUUGGUUUUAAUGGGCGAUAACGCUGUUUCUUACGUCAAAGGAAGAUUGGGUUUCGAAGGGGUUUAUCCAUGAAGAACGAGUAUGCAGUUGUACAUAUUAAGUAUACUUGUUAAUUUGCUUCAAAUUCAUCUGAAAACAUGACAAAUCUAGAAGCUACAAGUUUUGCUGUACCACAGCAUCCCUUGCCUGAGGAAAUUCAACAAAUGAAACGAGAUGAAACAGUGUGUAAAUUCUGUGGAGUUAGUUACUUAAUCCACAAUGAAAUGAAAGCUUUACAAGAAAAAUUAGCUGAGGCAGAGAGGCAGAUGGAGUUUUAUAAAGGAAGUGUUGAAAGAGAGAAACUGUUAAAGGAAAAAAUGGAAACAAUGGAUGGUGAAUAUUUUAAACAGUCCCAGAAACUCAAAGACCAAGAGCAGCAACUUGAACUCUUCAAAUCUGAUCUCAAAAUGAAAGCAAAGUUAAUAAAUGAUAUGUAUUUACAGAAACGCCAAUAUGAAAGUAGCAUUAAAGAAGAACAAAGCAAGUCUGAUAAACUGUCUGCUCACAAUUCUCAUCUGUCAUCAACCUUACAAAAAUACAAAACAUUCAUCAGACACCAAAAAGAGUGUUUGAUUAGUUUGAGAAAAGAUGUUUGUGAAUAUAAAGUGAUAUCAAAUGAUGCUGUUCUGCACAUCGCUGCAAAAGUUAAAAGAGCAUCUGGAAUUCUUCAAAAGAAGGUUAUGCAAGAAAAACAAGAUACAGAAAUGAAAUGGAAGAUGCUGACUGAACAAUUAUUAAACUUUCAAAAUGAAGUAGAUAACUUACGUGGUGCUGACACUAAGUUGCUUGAUUUUCAAACAAAAUGUAUUGAGCAGAAACAGAAAGUUGAUGUUUAUGAAAAACAUGUAAAUCAGUUAGAAGAAGUGAAUAAGACUUUAAAAGAAAAAAAUAAGACCAUUGAAAGUUGCUUGAUCCAGAAAUCAAGAGAAGCAAAGGAUGUAAUGGAUAACUUAGAAACAAUAAAAAAAGAAAAACAAGAAGAACAUUUCAAAUCCAAAGAAUUAUUAAUGGCAAAGGAUGAAGAACUAAAAAAAUCAAAAGAUUUAUGUAUAUCCUUAGAAAAAUUAAUGAAUGAGAUAUCCGCAGCUGAAAAGAAAGUUCAAGAGAAAGUAACUGAUAAAGAUGUGCAAUUGCAGAAUUUGGAAGAAACCGUUUCCAAGCUGAGAAGUGAGUCAGGAAAACUUAAGAUAGAAAGAGAACAAACGAUCAUUUCGCAUCACAAUCGUAUUGAACAACUGAGAGAAAGUUAUUCAAAGAAACUGGAAGCUUCGGAAAGCACAUGCAGUGCACUUCAAAAAGAAUUGCAUGAAAUGAAACGAAAAGUCGAGGUUGACCUUGAAGGAUCGCAACGUAGCUUAAAAGAAGAAUAUGAAAAGGAAAUUAGUGCAUUUAAUUUAAAACAUUUAGAAGAAAUUGGUAUUAUGGAACUUGAAAUAAAGAAUUUGAGUGACAAACUGGUACAUGAAACAAAUAUUUGUCGUGGUUAUAAAGAUGAAAUAAACCAACUGAAAAACUCGUUGUCAACAACCAAGACAAGAAAUGCUCAGGAAACACAGAAAUAUCAGAAUGAAAUUCUGGAUAUGAGAAAGAAUGUCGAAAUGUUGCAGUUGAAGACUGAAAGUGGCCAAAAGGAGACUGAUGCAAAGAAUAGAUAUGAAGCGUUACAGAAAAGUUUACAUGAUACUAAAACACAACUUAAAGUCAUGGAAAAGCAAUUAAAAGCUAAAAAUGAUGAGAUGAUCACGUUGAAAGAUACGGUACGACGUGAAUGUGAAGAAAGACUUGAACUAACGCAAGCUUUAAGUGAUACCAGAAUGCAAUUACUCUCUCUUCAACAAAAUCCGGAAGUAACACGACCGUUUCCGUGCAAUAGACACUUAAAUAAGCCAACAGUGAAUAAUUCCAACCAUAAGUCACGGGUGACACCUGUUGUCCCUCCGGCAAGUGUCGACAUAUCUUCGUCAGAAACCUCUGAAAUCAUUGCGUCUAGAGUUCGAAGAAUUAAGAGCACUGGUAGCGAAGGGGCAACACGAGAGAGUGUCGAUAGUUUCCGAGAAAGAAUUGCUGCAGCUCUUGGUCGGGAGAGUCGUUUUAACCACACCAGAUGAGAACGACGUCAACAUAGUGAAUCUGUUAGCUUAUCGCUCUUCAUAGACAUUGGUGACGUCAACGUAGUGAAUCUGUUAGCUUAUCGCUCUUCAUAGACAUUGGUGACGUCAACGUAGUGAAUCUGUUAGCUUAUCGCUCUUCAUAGACAUUGGUGACGUCAACGUAGAUCUUCAUGUGAAUUCGACACAACUAAAAUAGUCCAUAUAUAAAAAUACUGUGCUUUGACGUGAUAUGAACAGACGUUGCAGUACUGUCUCAUGUCUGUAUGAAACACUGAACAUAUACGUUCAUGACGUUCGCGAUUUCACGACUCUCGCCCUUUUCUCGGCCAAGAUGUCCAUAGAUCAAGGAACAACACUUUCAAUAAAUAAGUAAAUGCUUCAAACAUACGUCUUAGAAUGUUCUCUGUUAGCCAUCUCACAAUAAAAUAAGCAAAAAUGUCAUAAAUUAGGCAAAGUAUACCAAAGCCACUUACAUAUCGUAAGAAAGUAACUAUUUUAGAGGAUUCCGAUUUCAUUGUGGCUAUAAAAACAGCGGUAAUUCCGAGCAACGAACACAUUUUCUGAAAGUAAAAUGAGUUCAUUCUUCUGUGUCACAAAGGAAGGAUGUUCUUGCGUCGACAUCAAUAGCCAAUGUAAAUUACGUUUUAUUUUCAUUUCGUUUCAUUUCUAUUGCAAGUUCCCAUGGAUACAUCUACUACA